UCUCGCACUAUAGAGGCUAGGAGGAACUUCGCUUUAAGGAAGAGACUCCCGGCCGAACGAUAAGCCUCUUGAUUGACAUUAUCUGUCGCGGACAGUUCGUACGCGCUAUAAAUGAGCCAGCUGCUGUGCUCGCUGGCUGCUUAUCAGUGUUGUGUUGCUCCGGGCAGCUUCGAUCCUGACCUGAGUACGGAAGAGCCCGAUUAUUCCGUGUCGAACAGUGCAGUGCAGUGGACGAACACCCUAAUUUUGAGCGCUUACCCGUAGAAGAUGGCGAAAAUUCGAACCACCGUUUUGCUGGUUGGUGUGGUGGCACUCUGUGCAGUGUCCAUCGCUUCACCGUUGGGCAAGGUGGCGGACUCCUCGUCGGAGGAGUCGGCCGAGACAGGCGAGAUGAUGCGAGAGCUGUCGGAAAUGUGUCGAAACAAUAGUGGCUCCGAUGCAGCCUUCCUUAAUCUGAUGGAUUCCUUCCAAAACACGAUGGUGUGCACAAUCUCCGCCAUCGAGCUGGAUAGUUUUAUGGCGGACGCCGAAAACCUUUCGAACGAAACGCGUACAACGUUUUUCCCGCGCUACUGUCCCCAGCUACGUACGGCUUACUCGUGCAUCGAUAAGUUGGUGGCCGAUUUCCGCCCAUGUCUUGAGGCUGAUGACUAUGUCAUCGUGAAGGCUCUCGCCGGUAUACUGCCCGAUGCAGUGGAGCUGAUGUGCAAGAACGAUGGUGAAAUUUUGUUCAAGUUUGAUGAGCCAAAGUAUUCCGAAUGCUUUGAGAAGAUUUCUGACAGUUUCGAUGAAUGUCUUAACUUCCUCAACGGCACCGAUACCGACGACUGGGAUAUCUCGCACUUGACGCGUGAUCAGUGCGGUGAACUCACCGGCUUCCGGGCGUGCGUGAAGAGUAAGAUGGACAUUUGCAAGGCACCGGACCUAAUCGACGUGUACGAUCUGUUCCACAACACGCUGUUCCGCAUGACACCGUGCCGUAAUUACGUAGAAAUUGAAAAGGCCAUUCAAGUCAUUGAUAACAACGAUCUCAACGCGAUCUAGUGGCCGAUCGAGGGGUCACGAGCUGUCUUGUGACGGUUGUCUAGUGUUAGGUGUGCCUUUCUACGCAGUAGCCUUGGCAAAGCACUAAAUUUGCAAUAAAUCUGCACUAUC